AUGUCCGGCCCUAUGUCGAAAAGCGAAUACGUCGCGAGAAAAGUCGCGGCAGAGCUAAACAAAGCGGGAAUCACAUGCGUGCUAUGGAACCAAGCUGCGAUGGGUGUGUAUGGCUUCAUCGAUAAGCCCCUUCCGUUUGAGAUCAAAACGGUCGAUUUUAUUGUCUCGGACGAGAAAUUCGACCUCGCAAAGUCUGUUCUUGCUACAGCUUUAGAAGAAUGCCGCAACAAAGGAAUUCCCAUACACCUCGAUUUGGGUCAUUCCGAAGCCCAUUUUCUCUGCAAGCCAGAAGCUCAGAAUCCUCAACCAACAGAAGCGAAAAUGUUAGUUGGUCUUGUACGCCAGCGAACGGUGCUUUGGGGAAUGCCACCCCUUGAUUCCAGUCUUCUGACGGCAGCAACGGUGCCCUUCUCGAACUUGAAUUUUGUUAGCGCAGAACACCCGAUGUUUCCUAUGUGCCCUCCUGGUACGGAAACUAGCGCAUCAGUGAACCCAAAUGUACCAGAGGGCUAUGGUCGUUAUGGUCCCAUAGGUUGCCAGGCUUUUGUGAUGAGACCGAAGCUUUACGCUCAGACUCUCAUGCUAUGCGCUGCUCGCCAUUAUAAAGGCAAGCGUCACGUCCCCAUCGAGGCCGACGUUCUCAAAGCCAUGGGUGACUGUUUGGACCGCUACAAAGUUGCAGACGAGCUUCAAGAACCGUUUGCGAGUCUAUACAGAGAGCUCAGGAAGAGCGACGUGGCCAGGACAGAAUGGGUUCAACGAGCACAUCAAGCCUUAUUUGAACUCUUCUGA